AAGCAGCGAAGAAGACUCGACUUCGUCUUCGGCGUCGCGACGAUGGACGCGGACACGGCUCUGGAGCUGGUGAGGCGGGGCGUCACGCUGCUCCUCCUCGACGUUCCUGAGCACACGCUCGUCGGCAUCGACACCCAGGUCGCGUAUCGCUCGCUCGCGCACCGAUUGGAUUCCAUAUCGUAACGCGCCCAUCGCAUUUCCAUUUGGUUCAGAGAUCUCGCGAUGGUCGUAUGCGAUGUUUUCUGUUGGGCCUGCUUUCAAGGGGCUUAAGAUGAUUCCUCCCGGUGUUCAUUUCGUCUACUACAGCUCCUCGAGCAGAGAUGGCAAAGAGUUCUCGCCAAUUGUAGGAUUUUUUGUUGAUGCUGGUCUGUCUGAGGUUAUCAUUCGAAGGUGGAAUACUGAAGAAGAGCGAUUAGUUAGCGUGUCUGAAGAAGAGGCAGAGAGGUAUUGUCAAGCUGUAAGAAGUAUGGAGUUCGAUAGACAACUGGGUCCUUAUGAUCUAAAUCGAUAUGGAGAUUGGAAGCGUUUAUCCAAUUACAUAACUAAGGAUACUAUUCAAAGACUUGAACCCAUUGGAGGAGAUAUCACUGUUGUAUGUGAGUCAGAGAUCUUAAAGAACACCCAAAAAACAGCAAUGGAGAAAGCUUUAGAUGAAAAACUGAAAACAAGAAAGGUUUCAGCAACUGUGGACAUGUCUCACGGUAGGGGAUGCUAUUACACAUUUAUUCCCCGUGUUGUCAAGCGCCGAGGAAUUGAAGGCCAUGAACUUACUUCUUUAAAUCUUGACAAGACACAAUUGCUCGAGACCAUAGUUGCAACAGAAUUUGGAGGCUCUGAAGACUUACUCCUCGGGGAAUUCCAAUUUUCCUUUAUUGCAUUUCUGAUGGGGCAAUCACUGGAAGCAUUUUUGCAGUGGAAAGCUUUGGUUGGCCUUUUGCUUGGUUGCACUGAAGCCCCUUUCCAUACGAGAACGCAGCUGUUCACAAAGUUUGUUAGGGUGAUCUACUAUCAGCUCAAGUAUGGACUUCAAAAGGACUCUGCAGACAACAGGAAUACAGAGCAGGGAACAUCCGCGCUAUUGGAUGAUUCGUGGUUUUCUACCGAUAGCUUUUUGCACCGACUUUGCAAGGAUUUCUUUUCGUUGGUGCUAGGUGCUCCAGUUGUUGACGGAGAACUUCUAUCUUGGACAAGGAAAUUCAAGGAACUACUUGAGCAUACUCUUGGAUGGGAGUUCCAGCAAAAUAGUGCUGUUGAUGGAUUGUAUUUCGAUGAAGAUGAUGAAUUUGCUCCCACCAUUGAAAUGAUUGAUGACCAAAAUCUGUAGUGCGGCUGUGACAGCGUGAACACGUGCAUCCGUCUUCUGCUCUACUUUAUAAUGAAGCAUGGCAUUGCAUCGGGGGCAAACAUGCAAUAGAAUCAUCUCUCUAAUCAAGUUUACAUACUGUUAUGCUCUUGAAACUCUACCAUCAGUCCUCUGCCCUGUUAAUAGAAGCAUGUGAUUAAACCCCUGGUUCUCUCUCUUAUUGUAAGUGGUGACUGGCGAUCGAAUUUGACAGAUCGAAUCAGUAAUGAUUGAGGAAAGCGUUGUGCGA